CCACUGCCCUCCCUGUUCCACGAUCUCCAGAGCCGACCUCUCAUGAAAAAGACGGCGGUGCGAUAGUAAGAGGUUCACCUCGUAAGGCAAGGUCGUCCGCGCGCCCAUUACCGCGGAAUCGAAAGGAGAGUUAGGAAGUUUGGUACUUGUUCAUCCUGAGGACACACAAAAAACCAGCUGCCUCCUGCUUCUGCUGCUGUGGUACGGAGACACCAAAACUAUCAUGUCGGGAGAAAACACGCUGCGGAGGAGCGAUGAGCCUGGGGACAUGGCGCCUUUGGUCACGAAAACGAAGAAGAUGGCUCGUAGAGUUAGAUCCUACUCGUGCGUGGAAGCGCGACCGAAAGGCGCCACUGCGGCAACCCGGCUCAGCAUCUUCGCGCGUUUGCCGGCGUCCUGCCCUUAUGUUGGAAGCUUCCACUAUGCCCCAAGCGCUGGGAAUCGCGCGUACUCCUUCUUCGAGGACAAGAUAGUUCCUCACAGAGAAGCGUUGCGACUGCAUAAGAUCAAGACCAACCCUCUCACAGGCAACUUCCACUCGAGGCCCGGGGUUUACAGUAGGCUGCACGGCUUGCAGAACUUUCGGGAGGGCCUUGUGUCGUUGGAGGAGGGUGCGACGAUGGACGCAAUCGUCGCGCGCAUCAGGAGCUCUCUCACAGGUCCUUCGCUGACCUCAGCAGCAAGCGAGACUGCGGAGGCAACGGCGGCAGCGGAAGGGGCUCUGCGACAAGACGAGGUGGUUGCCGCCGCCAAAGGCGGCGUACCUCGCGGUGCUCUCACACCGUGGGCCGAAGCAUCCGCCCGCCUGCCCGCGGAGUUGGACAAGGGCGGGCGGCCGCAGCUAGGCUUCCGCUCUCACACCCUCAAGGGGUUUCGCACCCCCUUGUCAGCCAGCGAUGCCCAGUCGAAGGCGGCGGCGGCGCUGUUGGAAGCGGGCAAGGCGGGCGCCAACGGGACCGGCGACGUCGCGGCGAAACGGGCGGCAGGGCCUUACAGCAAGUUCUGGGAAGAGGUGGACACCGAGCGCGGCCGGUUCGGCACCUCGGUGGACGACAACGCCCUCCCGACGUCCUCGCAGCAGUCGGUGUCGGCGGGGGGCUCGUCAGCGGGCGUGGGCGAAAACAUGAGGGCGGCGGCGGUCGCCGCCGGGGUGCGCGGGGUCGGCCGGGCCGGGGUACACUGGGGAAAGCACCAUCAUCACCACCAGCACCAUGAGCCCCCGCAGCAGCGGAGCGACGAGGGCGCCGGGGUCACGAAAGAGCGUCCCGGGGAAGCAGCGCUAAGGCUCCGGCAUCAGUACCUACUUUCGGCCAGACCGAACGCGGCUGCCGCCGCCCAGCGAGCCAAGACUCAGGUCGCCGUUCCCUCUCGUCCUGGCGGCGGCGGUGGCUUCGGCGGCGGCGCCGGUGCUGCCGUCGUACGUGGCAACAAGUACGGUCACGGUCGCGGCAACUCGUACGGUCGCGGCAGCGCUUACGGGCGCGGCAGCGCGUACGGCAGAGGGUUCGACGGGGUACGCGGCGGCCACGCGCACGGCCGGAGGGGGAGGAUGGAUGUUCCCCUAGUGGCGCACCGGAGCGUGCCGGACGCGUGGGUAGCUGCGGCGGCGGCGGCGGCGGAGCAGAGCGGCGCUGGAAACGGCGGCAUGAGGAGGCCGCAGUCGAGCGCGCAAGGCUGGGAGAGCCACACCGUCAAGGCGCAGCAGAAGACGGCGGAGUACAUGCAGGGGAGGGAGGACCUGGCGCCGGACAUGAGGCCGGACGUGGUGCUUGACAACGAGGUAUCGCUGGCGUAUGAAGUGGACAUGAGCGAUGCUGGUAUGCUCGGGGCGGGCGCCUACGGCACGGUGCUGGCAGCGGUGCACCGCUCGACGGGGAGACAAGUAGCCAUCAAGACGAUGCUCAAGAAGUACCUCUUGUCCGACGCGGAGAAGGCCAGCGUGGAACGCGAGAUAGAAAUCCAGAAGCGCCUGGUGAACAACCACGUGGUCCGACUGUACGAGAUCUACCAGACCCCGGAGCAGAUCUACCUGGUGGUGGAGCGGGCACCGUGCGGUAGCCUGGAGGAGUUCUUGAACGCGCGUUGGCGUAUGACCGAGCUCGACGCCAAGCGCGUCGUGAGGCAGCUUCUGGACGGCCUGGCGUACCUGCACAAGAGCGGCGUCGUGCACUGCGACCUCAAGCCAGCCAACAUCCUGUUCUCGGACAUAGACCAGGGCAACACGGCGCGCGACAGCGCCCUGCCGGUGACGCCGAGGGCGCAGGUGGCGCCGCCGGCGUCGCUGAGCGGGCUUGUGGUGAAGAUCUGCGACUUCGGGCACGCGAGAAAGGUCCCGGACUGCAGGUACUACAAGUUCACCGGCGACAUCAACAAGAUCCCGUUCCACAUGUUCAAGCACACCGGGACGGAAGGGUAUGUGGCCCCCGAGGUGCUGCUGUCCAAGCCGUACGGUAAGGCGGCCGACAUGUGGUCCACGGGGUGCAUGCUCGCCCAGAUGCUGACAGGUAAGAUGCCCUGGAUCCCCUCUCGGGCGUGCCUCCAGCGGCCGCUCUCCACGUCCGGAGUGUGCUGGUCGCACAUCAGUGAGCCCGCAAAGUCCCUGGUGGAAGACCUCCUUACGGCAGACCAGGACUUCCGCGCGGACGUGGAGCAGGCGACCCACCACUCGUGGUUCGAGGGCAUCCACCACUGCGCGAGGAUGCCGACGUCCGCCCCCGGCGGCAAGGCCUCGCCGAUGUUCGCCCCUGUGCGGGGCCGGAUCGCUUCGGUGCCGGCGGUGGUCUUGUCGCCAAGGUCGCUCACGCCCACCCACGACGAAGGCGUGCUAAGCGGAGACGCGGCGGCGGGGGGCGGCAUGGGCUCGGGGGUGGGGAUGUCGCCGGAGGUGUCCGCGAAGGAAGAGGACACGGAGCAGCGGUUAGCGAAAGAGACAGAGAAGUCCCCCGUGGGCACUAAUGACGCGGCCGCACAAACGGAUUUGUUGUCAAGCUUGGACAAGGCACCCGAGAAGUCGGUGGCGGCCUCGCAGAGCCCUGCGGCGGAGUUUUGAAAAGUUCAACCACGAACAAAUCUAUCUCGAGGCAUGCCAGCAGGAGCGGGAAGGGGGGAGGUAUGCAUGAUUGCACGCCCCCCCGUCGGUUUUUGCGCAACACCUCUACUGCUGUAGGGUUGAUGAAAUGUACUUUUUUACGAAACGCACUUUUUUUAUUGCCGUUUCUAGUUUUGAAGACCUCAUGGCACGAGUUUUUGGAAAGGACAAGAUUUUAGUUGGGCUCUCGUACAGCAGCUCGUGCCUUGCCUCAGGGGCUAUUUUUUUUUUUUUGCGGUAGGCCUUUAGGCUUCCAUUUUGGGAAAGAAGACAAUGGUGUACAGCGACUUUUAUGUAAUCUACUUCCGUACGUGACGUGGCAGAAGAGACCAAAGGUCGUGGUAGCUUUAGUCCGCUGCAGAGGUCAGGCAAGAUUUCUUACCCACCAUCCACAUGUAGACGUUUUUGUGGAUGCGGUUACCUUAAUUCUCUCAGGCGGGGGGCAAACUGAUUUUUCGCGUCGCACAGCGACGCUCGUACAAACGAGAAUGAAUGCACGUGGUACGAUGGAUUUAGAAGCCGCGGAUGGUGUAUUUUUGUAGACGAACGCGAUCAAUAGGAGUUGGACCAGCUGCUGCAACAAACGCCUUUUUACAUGUGGCAGCUGCCACUGCUUUCUUUGUCGGUUCAAUAUGGACACAUAUGCGUUGAAUUCUCAAGUUUCUUGUGCGUCGGUACUUCGGCCGUGUCUUUUGUGGGCUACGGUCUCGGAAUUCUCUGGCGCAAACCUAAAAAAAAAGUGUGUGUGACUAGCAGCGCGGCGUUGGGUGCAUUUGGCAUCACAGGCCGACUAUUCGUGGACUGCUUGGAAGUGCGCUGCAAGAACAGCGAGCAGAUCUGUAGGGCAGCAGGGUACGUGACGCAAAAAGUCAUUCGCGGUUUCUGUCAGGCACUGGUUGUGAAAAGCGAGGCUACUGAUCAAACUACACGCAUGUAUUGGAGGCUAGUUAAGACGAGGCAGAGUAUAGCCGACCGGGCUUGUAUCGGCGCCUACGAGAGCAGGACGUGCGGUAUAGAAGGGCGGGGGGCGGGGUGUACUCAUGCCGUGUGGUGGCCGGAACCAGAAAUGCAGGACGGAGGAAGCUCGCAGUGCAAUAUGCGUCAUGAGGUGUUUGAGGGGGGGAGGGGGGGGGUUGGGUGAGGUCGGGGGGGCGGGGGGGGAAACAAAAAAGGGCAGUCGAAACUUACCGUCGCGGUCCUGUUGGUGAUGACUCCAUGUACGCACUGCUAGAAAGAGGGCUGGUCUUCCGCAGGCCUCGACGUUAGGUAGUAGCGCCGUGGUGUCACUUGUAGUUGUCGCUUGCUUGCAUCCCUGUUGGUUGUGGGUCGGGAUGCUGGGCAAUCCGCCAUCGAUCUCCCAACCAUCCAUGUAGUUGAUACAAUUUCGUUUCACUCGACGGUGGAAUUUUUUCGCCACACCACUUUCGUCGGGUUUGUUGUCACUUCUUUUCUUUGUGAUAUCCCCUCUUUUAUUUUUUUUCUUGUUGUUCGAUUUUGCUGCUGUUGGAUGCCUGACAGAGAUCAACAAAAAGUCUUGUUUGGUGAUAAUGUUAUGACUGCCUGGACGGACCAUUACGGAGGCUAUCCAUCUAUACAGCCCGGGUUGGUCCUUCUUGCUCUCUUGGAGUUUUUUGUUGCACUAGAGAAGGCUUCUACGUGGUGGAUGAGAGUGAGGGGACAAGUUAUUUUCCUGGACCGGUUAGUUUUCAGGCGUGGAUGAUGAUUCGCGUCGGGUCGGCUCGCUGACCGAGUACGACGCUGUCCGCAUGAGAUUUUCUGAAGAAUGCGUUCCGUGGCUGAUCGAUUGCAUUCGUCGUACGCGUUGUCGUGCAUGGAGUAGUGCGUGGCAAAGUAGCGGCUCUUUUGUAAAUGGAAGGAAGGGAUCUGGAUAUCGAGAAUGGACGUUGAAAGCCGUCGGUCGGUUGUUGAGCGUUUGCGUUUGUGUGCUCGAGCCGCCAGUGUCGGUCAUGUAUUUUUGGGUUGAGGUCGAAUUACAAGCGUGUAAGGACUUGUCGCACGGGUAUCAAAAGAGGAGCGGAGAUGCGAGAGAGGAGAGGAGUUUGGGUUCCUGUUGUCAGGGCGGCCACGAUUGGCUACGUGCGCGCAAAGUGUAAAUAAUACGAGUAGUGUUUCGCCAGAGAGGACGUGGGGUAUGCGUUAACGUGACAAAUGUCACGUUCUCUUCGCAACGUUAUUUUCGGUGCUGGCUGGAUGGUGUAUAUGAAUGAAGGGUGGUUUUCGACAACCCCAGGCGGUAUUUUAGGAAGAAAAUGUGUUGGGCUCGCAGAAACUGCGCGUGUGUUAAGAUCAUACCGGUACAACUUUUUGUUUUUUUUUCCCUACCCGAUUUUCCUACGGUUGGUUCCAUAGGCAGCGAACAACGUGCUUGUUGUAUGUGUUUGUUGCUCUUGCGCUUGU